GUAAAUAUCCCGCGUAAAGUAAGCGGCGAAGCAUCACAUCGAUGUGAAAUUGUUGACGUCGUUUCAGUAAUGUUCGGACGAUUGCGGACGCAGGACGAAUCGACUCUAAUCACGACGCAUUUAAUGAACAACAUGUUUGUUUUGACAAUCUGAGCUGAGUAGAAGGCCAAGGGAUCAGGCAUCAGCAAGUUUGGAGCACAAACAUGCGCCAGUUCAUCAAUGAGAAAAUAUAUUGACCAGAUGGGAGCUGCAGACCUUUGAAUUAGAUUUCGAUCCAACCACUUUCAAUCCUCGCGAGUUUCCAAGGCCUACGGCAGACAUAUAAUUGAGUAUUAUAGAAAUUCGUCCAAUCUAAUUAUCUCAAUCUUCCUGCUUAAUGGGGUCCAAGGGCGCCAAAACAAUUUAGAUAAGGUCCGUUGGUGUGCGGGUAACAAACAUAACAACCAAUCUUAAGAGAAGGGCCUUAUGGCCUUUCAGAGCCGCCCAACUGUUUACACCAUUUGGGUCUUCAUAAUUAAGUAAGUCCCCGAUGACACAGCGAUAAACCGAAAGCCAAAGUGACAACUCAAAGGAUUUCGCAGUGUUUGCAGAGAUACAAAAAUGAACGAGAAGAUAGAAAUUAAAAUUUCGACUUACCAAUAUGCACAUCUGUCAUCGGUCGGAGAUUCCUUAGAAAACACUUGCUCUUUCAUUUGGGAUAGCCGGCUUGUCCGAGACGAGCCCACUUAAUAGGAGAUGAAAAAAGAAAGAAUGAAAGAGAGAAAAAGAGAAGGAAAGAGAAUAACAAAAAAAGGAAGCUGAGGAGCGAGAGGAAAUAAGUGGCAGGUGCUCGUGGUAGGCACAGCAUACGCUGCGGAUCUUUGUCGGCCAAUACUUACCUUUUGUAUCCUCAAUCCUGCUGAAACAUCUUUUCUCUGAAGUUUGUUGUCUCGGUGACAUUAGAAUUUGUCAUUACGGAAUAUUAAACUUUUCCAACAUGUCAAAAAAUGACAACGAGACGAAACAUUUUAUUAGAAUCUUUUCAACUUGGAUAUCCUGUGGAGAACGAAAAUAUGGUUUGGAUGUGAAUGUAACAGGAGAGGCUCGAAAUAUUAUAAAGGUUUAUCCUUCUCAAUAAGAAAGAAGAAAUUGUGUUGUGUUGGUCAACUACGAAGAAUGACAUUCCAAGAGGGCUAUGCGUUCAAUAUUCAAACAGCAUUGUCGCUCUUUGGCCUUUGGCAGUCAGUUUCGAGAGUAAAAGAUCGACCACUGUUCGUUCUACAAGUCUGUAACCUGCUACCAUGACCGUUAGGCUACAAUUAUGGUCUCUGUCACGCUUUAUAACCUUCAGCGGUCAAAUUGCGUGAAAAUCGAAGUGACACUGAUUAUCGAUUGCGGUUGCGUGGUUUAUGGAAUACAUUAUUAUGUCACAAUCAUCUCGCAUCCUUCAAGCUCAUUCGACAUAAAAGUCGCAUAUAAUUAUAAGAGGUAUACAAAGACGGAAAAGAAAGAAAUUUCGGAAACACUGGACGAAUCUUUGAUCCUCCAGUACCCCCGUCAGUUCCAAUUCAGACAUAAUUGAUGCGCCGACCGCACACGCGCUCAGAGCAUCGUGGAAGGGAGGCGACGAGGUGGGGAGACGGUGGCGCCGGCCGGAGGAAGAAGAGUAGAGGGAAGGGGGAUCAGUAGCGGCACGCAUGACGCGGAACUCGGAAGAGUGGUGCUUGCGCAUUCAUUCGCCUGCGAGCCGUUGCGCCGUACGGUCGUGUCCCUAUGGUAAACUGACAGCGUGCAAUCAGCCAACCAGCCGGCUUUCUGACGGAUGCUAUCAUCCUCCCUCGCGAGAGAGGUCAUUUUUUAUAAGCCAAUAGACGGUCUUUUUUUUCUCGCACGAUCUAUCGAUAAAAAAAAAGAGAACGAGUCACUGUCAAGGAGACAAUUCGGACCGACAAUCGUCGUUCCGUUAUCGAGGGAAACCGGCGUGACGCUCGUCGGAACGGUACCCUGCACGCUUAUGCACGGUGAAAUUAGCGUGGAAAGUGCCGGCACGCUCCGUUUCACCUUGCGAAGAUUGAGGAAAAAGGAGAGCAGGAAACGGGACGCUCGUAAGCUCGUAGACUGAAGCUUCCUUUCGAAAUUUUCGCGCGAGUUCUACGCGAUAUCUCGUGAUUAUAUUCGUCCUUUUGACUCGUUGUGUAGUGUUUGGAACUGAGACAGUGUGAGUUAAGUGUGCUAUGACAGCUGCGAAAACACUUCCGAGGAAAAUGGGGCCGACGAGGAUCCUGCUGCUGAUUAUUCUUCUGAGUGCCGCCAACUGUCAAAAUGAUUCCGCAGUCACGAGUGAGGUUUUCCAAGAUUACGAUCCCCAGUUCACGGUGGGCUGUUACUUUUCUGCGGAAUUCCAGGGUGAAUUCGUAACGCAGGAGGUGAGCGGAAAGGGCGUCGGAAGCAUGGCAAACGAGUCUAUUCAGUAUUCUACUAUAAACAUCACUUUCAACGCGAUCUCGGUAUGGGGCUAUUGCCACAAGAAGGUCGGCGAUAACGUGCUGUUAAUGGACAGGUCAAGAUAUAAAGACUGUACAAGAUGUUUCCGGUUGCUGCGAAGAUCGCGGAAUGUCAUCGAGGUGUUCUCGGAAGCUCUCGACAGGUGUUAUAUGUCCGAGUCAGCCGCCUUGGCCUCUUGCGACACACUGAACUCCACUUCGAUCCUGUACCGCACGAAAGAAAUUGGUGGUGUGCCGAUUCGGAAUGAAUACUGUCCUAUUACUGGUUUAUAUCAUUUUAAAUACAGCUUGAACAAUAAUUCCGCGGUAUCGUACGAGUGCAACACAUUCUCUUCCGAAUUCAAUAAUUGCCCGGAUGGGUCAAUCUUACAUUUGAACUUCAAACGCUGCAACUUCGAAACGCACAAUCUCACAUAUAAUUGUUUGGGUAGCUGGCCUGGACCGAACGGUUCUAAUUAUCUUGCUCUCUGGAGCAACAAUGUUGACGAUGAUAGACCUCAAUAUAGAUGCGGGCUAUUCCACAUUGAUAACAAAAAAGGAAAAACUUAUAUGGCAUUUAGUAGUGAUUCGAGCUGCACACAAGAUUUAAAUAAUUCGACUAGUGGAUAUGAGACUCUGAUUUUGAGUAAAAGUCCAAAUCAGAAGAAGGUACCAGACUAUGUAAAGACUCAUGUUGCCACAUUCCCGAAGUGGGCACAAGGUGUGUGGGAAGAGUCUCUUAUAGUUAAUGGAACUAUGACUUUCACCGAUCUCAAUGGUUACAAUAGUUAUACCUUCAUUACGAUUGAAUCCAACGAAGAAACUGGUCGAUAUGUUGUAUAUUCGAAAGAUCAAUGUGAGCAAGCUGCUUUUGUAUGUUUAAUGAUGAGACAGCGCAGUGAAAAUGUACUAGAAUUUACGAGAGGGAUGGUCUUUAGUCCAAUUUAUCAGGAAAAUUUAUGCGACGAUCCUAAUCUGGACAAUUUGGUGUGGAUGACUCAAGCACGUAUCGAACGUGUAGUGGAGUCACCCUGUCCAAUUACGGGUCAGUAUACAGGGAUGAUAACGGAUUUAUCAGGAAUGUGUGCAGAAUUAAGCAGUAAUUGCAACACUCGCGAAAUAAUGUAUUUUAAAGUAAGCGAUUGCGAGUCCGGAGAGUUGUAUGAAGAGCGAACAUAUCUAUGCUUGGGACAGUGGGAGGAGAAAGGCGUGAUGUAUACUUAUACCAUGAGAAACGAUACUAGUACGAACGAAUGCUUCGUAGGUUUGAUCGUCAACGACGAAGAAAUAUAUAUCAAAGAAGCUGGUGAUCAUUGCAUACGAAAUAUAGAUCCAAAAACGGAGGGUAUGCGUCUCUACAAAAAGGGACAAUGUUAUGGAAAUUCGCCGAGUCCUGCACCAACUCCACUGAAACCAAUCCCACAUAAUCCAAUAAUGAAGAUUACGACUACUCCGCGAUCGAGAAUAUCGGCAACUACUCAAGUGUCAGGAAAUGCAGUUUCUUCGUCAGUUUCUUACAGAUCGAGAACAUUCACGAAUUUGAUGCUCUUCAUCACCAUCCUUGUUGCGUUCCUCGUAUAAGUUCGAAUAAUGAUACUAUCUUUCGGACUCGUUAGACCGAGGUAGUUAAUGAAUAUCAAUAUUUUUUUCGACGCACAUUUUCAUUUCAGUUUUGUCUGACGGACAAUCGAGAGAUGUGAGAAGAUCGGCUUAUUUAUUACAAAAAUCAUCUUAAAACGAUAUUGUAGAAAGUGUAGAAAAUUUUUAUAUUAUGUUUAUAUUUUUUAUUUUCUCAUCACUCUGCGUUUAGCGAGAUUACUUUUUCACGAAAUUAUAAAAUUGAAUGACAAUGUUUGCCGUUCCAUCAAGUGAGCUGCAUAGGAAAUCUUACAAAGCAGAAAAAUUUCAGAUAAAUUCAGAUAUUUCAGAUAUUUUUUAAUGAUUUUGAAGAAAGCGGAAAAGAAAUAGAGCUAGAAUUAUAUUAUAAACUCUUUGCGAUAAAAUCGUGAUUGAUUAUUGUCUUUUUUAUAUACUGUGAAUUAUUAUUAUUUAUUUAACUAGUCUUAAUAGAUAGAUACGGGAGAUUAUGUCUCGACAGUCAUGUUUAUAUACUGCUUCAUAUGAUACAAGAAGUUUUACGCGAGACUUUCAUUCACGGAAAUCCAAAGAGCAGUUGUCUGCAUGCAAAUAAAUAAUGAUUUUUUUACGAAAC